AUGAUUGGAGUCUGGAACGUCCGUACUUUACAGGAUAAUGACCAUAAUCAGUGCCCAGAGAGAAAGACAGGACUUAUCGCAAGGGAAUUGGCUAGAUAUAACAUCGACAUUACCGCCAUAAGUGAAACACAUCUUAGUGACUCUGGACAGUUAUGUGAACCGCUCGGAGGUUAUACCUACUACUGGAGUGGAAAAUCAUCCACUGAAAGGGCGGAAAGUGGGGUAGGCUUUGCCAUACGCGAUAAAUUGGCAUGCUCACUAACAGAACUCCCAAAAGGUAUCAGUGACAGAAUAAUAACACUCAGACUUCACCUGGCAUCCAAGAAAUAUCUUCACCUGAUCAAUGUAUACGCACCUACAUUGCCAUCUCCGGAUGAAGAGAAGAACAAGUUCUACCAAGACCUCCGACAUGUCCUUAGGGAUAUUCCUUCUGCAGAUAAACUUCUGUUACUUGGUGAUUUUAAUGCUCGUGUUGGGAAUGAUUUCAGUGCUUGGAAUGGAGUCCUCGGUCGCCAUGGGAUUGGAAAAUGCAACUCGAAUGGUUUGGAUCUUCUAACUCUAUGUGCCGAGUUUGAACUCUGUCUGACAAAUACAUAUUUUCGUCUGCCUGAAAAAUAUAAAACGAUAUGGAUGCAUCCGCGAUCUAAACACUGGCACCUUCUGGAUUAUGUGAUAGUAUGGAAAAAAGAUCUUGGUGACGUACUGGUCACACGUGCAAUGAGAGGCGCUCAGGGAUGGACAGACCAUCGACUCGUGAGGUCCAAAUUAAAGAUAACUUUGAAGGCACCACGCCGAGCUUCACACAAAAUACCAACAAAAUUGUCCUGCAAAAUCUUGGCCAAUGAUCAGACUAUGAGAGCAAAACUGGAUGAAAAAUUUGGUGUCGAUGGCCUUUUGAUAUCUGAAUCUGCCCCUGUAGAUGAACAGUGGAGUGCAUACGCUAGCAGACUGCGUGGCUGUGCUUCAGAAGUCUUGGGAAAGCCUCAGAAGAAGCACCAGGACUGGUUUGACGACUCAGAUCCAGAGAUCAGAAAGCUAAUUAAUGAUUUCAGAACCUCUCUUCGCACCCCUGAUGAUAACAAGCGUAGAGCAGCACAUUACAAUCUGAAAGUGAAGGUACGUGCUCUCAAAGACAGUUGGUGGGCAAAUAAAGCAAAUGAAAUACAGCUAUAUGCCGACACACACCAAACGGGCAGAUUCUUUGAGUCCCUGAAAACUAUCUUUGGUCCAAGAGUUGGGAAGAUAGCACCAGUCUAUAACAAAGAUAAAAGUUGUCGGCUGACGCAACAGAGUGACAUCCUGUCUCGGUGGGCGGAACAUUUUAAUGACGUUCUUAAUCCUGACCAUCAGACAACCGAUAUUCCAUACAUAGAAGCACUUGAAGACCUGCCAGUUGAGGAACAACUUGCGGAUGCCCCUUCCUACAAUGAAUUCAUUUCAGCACUGGCUAAGCUGAAAAAUGACAAAACAGCAGGAUUAGAUAACUUGCCAUCAGAGCUAUAUAAAUAUGGGGGGCCAAACAUCAAGAAACCAUUAGUUGCUGAAGUAUAUAGCCAUGCUACUCACACCGUAAAAAAAUUGAUCACUUGGGCUCAGAGGGCUGGCUGGGUUCAGGAGGCUGUCCAACCAUCACACCAGGUGUGCACAGUGGCAGAAGCACCCACCCAGUACACGCUGUCUGAGGCGAGUGGCAGCAGCAUCAGCUCCGGCUGUGUAAUGGCACCAGACCUGUCAGUCCUAUGCAGCCGACACUUUGAAAGUGUGCCUCAGUUACUGGGUAUAUUCUGUGCAGGCUUGGAGAAUGUAACAAUGUGGUGCAUGCCCCCAGCAGCAGGCAUGCCCUUGCACGACCUACACAACAUCCGGGCACAGCUGGAAGCAGCAGCCACAGAUGGUGACAGCAGUGUAGACCUGAAUGGUAACAUCACCAAUGGCAUACCCAGGUAUCUAGGAGUGGCUCCAGGAGAGCAUCCCACAGACAAUAGAUGCGAUGGCCCCCAGGAACCUUGGUGA